AUGAUUAAAGCAGCAUUUAACGUUCUUCUUGUCCUUGUGGCCAUCGAUUUAGCAAAUAGCCGCUCCAUCAAAGAUGAAUCCAUUCUAACAUCAGAUGGGAUGGAUCAAAGAAACCAAUCCAAAAUCCUUCAACUUGAUUAUCUUAGAACAACAACUGUGACUUGCGAGCCAACUUAUGGUUUCUUGCCUUGCACGACUGAGGUAUGGGGCCAGCUCUUCCUGAUAGUGGUAUACGAGUACCUGCUGUCCCUUUCAGCUCAUUACAUUUCACAAGGAUCUGAACUUUUCCUUGAAACGUCUGGAACUGAUAAUAUAUUUAGUGCUAAUGUGUUUCAAAUGCUUGGAAUGUUUCCACAAGUAAUAUUAGUUCUGGAAUUCUUUGUGAUAGAAGAUCCCAAUCUUUAUCACUAUAAUGUUCUAUGUGUGGCUGGAGUCUCAGGAACUGCAGAUACUGUUGAAUCAAUGGCAGAAAUGGGAAUGGGCUUACUUGCAGGAUCAGUAAUCAUGAACCUUACACUAAUCUGGGGUUCUGUUGUUGCUUUUGGCAGCUACAACCUUUCAGAGACUUCAACUUCAUCAAAUACUCAAAACCAAAAGAAAUUCAGUUUAACUGGUUAUGGUGUAAGCACAGAUGAUCAAACCAAGCAUACUGCAGGAAUCAUGCUUUUGUCCAUGAUCCCAUUUCUCUUGCUUCAACUAGCAAAAAUUCUGAAUUCUUCUUCAGCAACACGAAUAGUAGUCAUAGUUUCUCUAAUCAUAACACUCAUUUACCUGAUCGCUUACUGCACCUAUCAGGCAUUCACACCGUGGAUUAGAGAAAGAAGACUCGAGUAUUUGCUGCGCAAGUAUGUACAAAAUAACCUGCUACAAUCUCUCUGCACGUCGGACGGGAAGCCUAAUGAAACCAAUCUAAGAGAGUAA